AUGGCGACAACUCUGGUGGCAGAAUCUGCGGGCGCUUCCGUAGAAGAUGAGUGGCACAUCCUCUUCAAUCCUUACACCAAAACCAUCAAUGUCGACGAAAGCUUUCCCGACAACCCUUUCAAGCUCUUCACCAGCCGCCCUCUCUUUGCGCCUCUGCUCUUCCCAAACCUAUCCUCUGAUGCACGCGAUCACUGCGCCAAUGAGCGAACAUUUCUGUCCUGGCUACGGCUGUCCGUAUAUCUCGCGGUAGUAAGCGUCGCCAUUCUCAUCAAUUUUCACCUGAAAAGUCAGCCCAGCGACCUCGAGAGGCGGCUCUCACAUCCUCUGGGUAUCAUAUUCUUUGUGCUGUCACUUGCUUGCCUUGCUACUGGCUGUGGCAUAUAUAUGCAAACAGUCACGAAGUACGCGCAUCGGCGGGCCCUCGUGCAGAGUGGUGUCAAGACGCAAUUUGUGUUCGGCGUCAUAGCCUCUGCUAUCAUUGCAGCUUGUGGUCUGUUCCUUGGUGCUGAGGUACAGGCGCAGAGGCUCCACGGUCGUUGA